AUGGCUGCUUCUCUGAGACAGAGGUUUCUGCGUGUGCUGUGUUGCGGGGCGCCUCCCUGGGCAUCCUCCGGGGGUGACCCAGGUCACGGGGGAGGCACGGGGGCCCAGGAAGCGCUCCUGAUGGAGGGGUUUCUGUUUAAGAGGACCAGGACGUGGGACUGUGAGGCAAGUAGACGGGCGUGGAUCAGCGCCAUUCAGAACCUGACUGAGAGAGAAGAAGAAACAGAAUCAGACGGGUACGAGAAUGAUUUAGAAUCAGAUUCCUCGAGCGAGCAGACAGACUCCCAGGGACCACAAGUGUCUUCUGAAGCUCCAGGUGGGAUCAGUUCUGGAGAAGUCAUCUGUGAUGCUCCCAAGAACAAGGAUGUUGAAGGAGAAACCACCAACGGAGAAGGUCAAGAGGAAAAGACGACCGACACGAACCCGGACAGCCAAUACACCCUUGGAGAGCUGCUGGGAAAGGAAGACUGCGGUUCAGUCUAUGAAGGAGACCAUAAGGCAGAUGGGAACCAGGUUGAGGUGCCAUGCACUGUACCCGAGACCAUCGACAUCUCAGAACGAACAUCACGUGUGGUUGAGGACGUCUCUGAGCUGCACAAGUGCUAUGAGGUUUACAAAACCAUUGGAUCAGGUGGUUAUGCGACGGUCAAGCUCGGCAGGCACAUUCAGACUCAAGAGCCAGUGGCCAUCAAGAUCCUGGAGAAGAAAGAGCUCGGGGAUGAGUUGUCUGAUUUGAGGAUCGAGAUUGAAGCCCUGAAGAACCUCAAGCAUCAGCACGUGUGCCGCUUGUACCAAGUCAUGGAGACUGCUGACCAGAUCUACAUGGUGCUUGAGUUUUGUCCGGGUGGAGAUCUGUUCGACCACAUCGAUAAUAACAACAGGUUGUCGGAGGAGGAGACGCGCAGGAUCUUCCGUCAGAUCGUCUUGGCGCUGGCGUACAUCCACAGCCAGGGAUACGCCCACCGUGACCUUAAGCCAGAAAACAUGAUGCUGGAUGAGAAGAACAACAUCAAGCUCAUCGACUUUGGGCUCUGUGCCAAACCAGAGGGUGGAUUGGGUACUGCUCUGAUUGAGGGCUGUGGAACCCCUCCCUACUUGGCACCAGAAAUCAUUGAUGCGCAACCCUAUCAUGGUGCAGAGGCAGAUGUUUGGAGCUUGGGUGUUGUCCUAUAUGACAUGCUGUGUGGCUACCUCCCGUUCGAUGGUGACAACUUUGUGGAACUCCAUGAACAAAUCACUAAAGGACAUUUUGACACUCCUGACUGGCUGUCUCCUGGUUCUGUACUGCUGAUUAAGGAAAUGCUGCAGGUGGUUCCAGAGCGGCGCAUAAAGGUGGAGCAUCUGCUGGAUCAUGAGUGGGUAAUGAAGCAGUACAGCAGCCCUGUGGAAUGGCACAGCACAUGCCAGCUGGAUCAUCUACAUGAGGAGAGCAUCACCGAGAUGGCUGUGAUGUUCAGACAGUCCAACCAAAGCACCAAGCAGCUGGUGUCUGAGAUACAUUUCAGUACUUGUAUCUGCAUCAACACAGAUGCCAAAAUGUAGAUACAUAUUUAUUAAUAUUGAGGUUCUUGUGCUUCGUCUAAAAGAGAUAGCUGAGCGGAUGUGUAAGAAAUCCAGGAGACGUUGUUGUCGCAUCAAGGAGGGACGAUGGUGGCGCCAUCCAAUCAGGACACGUUACAUCUCAAUUUCACAUUUCAAUGAUUAUUGCAGCUGUUUCUCUCUAACCCAUCCUCUCUCUCUCUCUUCUUUUACCAGAACGAUGCAUUUUGGGUAUCUGUGUGUGACUGGUUAGAGGAACUCCACUGAGGUGCCGCCCUUGUUGAUCCACACAGCUGUAUGAGAAGUGUAGAACAUGGAUGACCAGGAUCAACAAGACUUAAAAUCUUAUACAAUUAAAUGUAAAAUAAAUAAACUCACUGAAUAUA